AUGGCGAACCCUUUAUCCCCCCUAUCUUCCUCGUUCCAGAAUGCGCGAGCUCGAUCCCCAAAGGUUGGCUCGUCGCCCUUCCUCGCCAAAACAGUCGACGAGCAACCCGAUGAGCACCGCGCCCAACCAAGCCCGUUGAAGAAUUCAUGGGCAGAUUAUGAGCUUCCAAGCUCCCCUUCCUAUCACGAAAAUGAAAACUAUCCCUCUAAUGACUAUGACGACCGUGACGAGAUCAACGAGAUCAACGAUAACAAUGACUUCCAAGAAUCCGGCAGCUCACCAUUCCGUUAUGAUGGGCGCGACGAUACUGUUGAUUUCAAGGCAAUGAAAGAAUAUCAACAACAUACCCCUUCACACUUGAGCACUCGAUUUGAAAUGCAACAAGAGGACGACCCAAUGAGUUCACCUUUCCGACCCGAUACAAGAGAGGAAACGGUAGAUUUUCAGAGACUCCGCGAAGAACAGCCCUUAUCGCCAGGUUUGAGCAAACGGUUGGCUUUCGAUAAACCUCCAAGCUCUCCGUUCCGCCCAGAAGCGCAAGAUGAUGAAGAUUAUGAUGAAGUGGACGACCAUUCAUAUGAGGUGCAACCCACCUCUCCCGGACCCACCUCUUUCGGUUUAGAUGGGCAGCCAGAGGAACCCAUGAGCUCUCCAUUUCGCGCUGGUACAAGAGAGGAAACUGUCAAUUUUCAGAGACUAGAAGAAUUUGAAUCAAAGCGAGAGUCAUUGAGCAAGUUUCAGUCUCGAUCUCCAUCCCCUAUGAUUCACAGCCCACCUAUUCGACAGACGACUGGUGAUGACACGCUUGAAAUGAAAAAGCUCCGCUCCUCGCACCGUGCAUCGCUAAGCACAGGACAUAAUCAGUUGAAUGCCGCUACACCCCGCAAGCGAUCAUUUGAUCAGACCCCACAAGACUAUGAUGAUGAUGCUAUACAACCCAAUGAUCGUGCUAAGAAGGGCAUGCUCACUCGUGCCGAGGAGCCUGAGAUUCACAUACAUCUAAAUGAGGAGUCCAGUGUCGUUCACGAACAAAGCCUACUCUCAACUACGAGUGCAACUCAAGAUCGGUCAACAAUCGCAAAUAGCAUGAUGGAAGACAAACGCAAUGAAGGCAUGAGUACUGUUCUUCAUGAUGAUGAGGCCGACCACAAUUCUCAAGAAGAGGAUGACAUUGAUCCUAUGGAUGAGACAGGUCUCAGUACAUUCUCUGUUCUGCCAGACAUGACCUCCUUCGCGAAGCUCCGUGCAGAGUCUCCUAUGAAAUCUAUGCGCGGCAGUGUUGAUCCUAGCUCAGCCCAUGCCGCAGACAUGUAUCGUCGUAGUAUUGAUCCAGGAACUCCCGGGACUGCACGCAGGUCUCACAGAGUGAGUGCAUUGCUUGAAGCCGGGUCGCCCAUUGGAUCUCCUACUCCCAGGCGCCGGGUGUCUCGAGAUGUCUGUAACCCGAAUGACGGUUCCAAUCUACUCGAUUUCACAGAUCAAGUGAGUUUCUUCCCUCGUUCAACUCAACAGACCCCUCGUUAUUCUCCUCAGCGGUCCCCCAUGCGAAACAUGCGCCAGUCAAUGCGCUCUCCUUCAAAAUUGUCUCUCUUAGACUUCGAUAUUCCAGCUGCACCAACGCCUCGAUCAAUUCCAACAGUUACGCCCCGUGAGUUGGAGUCGCUCAAAUCUGGUUUCAUGUCAGAGAUUUCUUCUCUCAAGGCUACCUUGAGCGGCAAAGAAGCUGAGGUUGCCAGCUUGAAGACGGCUGUUGGAGAUGCAGAGAGACGAGUUGGAGAAGCUCUGGAAGAGAUCCGCAACGAGGCUGCUCGAAGAGAGGCAAUGGAGAUUGAGCAGGCUGAAUGGGAUCUUCGGGGCAAAGAAAUGGAGAGAGUCUUGCAAUCGGUCCGGGAUGAAUUAGACGAUGGUGAACGAGAGAGAGAUCGGCUUACCCGCAAGGCCGAGGAUGCGGAGAAGGGCAAGGAGAAACUGGAAGGCAAAAUUGUUGAGCUUGAGACCCAAUUGUCCACCGCUCGUUCUUCGGCAUCAUCAGCUUCCAGGGCUACAUCAAGCUCCGGCCAAAGUUCACAGUCAGCCGAGGACACUGCACGAGAAGUGCAGGAUGCCGUUGAAAAAGUUGCUCGAGAGCUUCACACUUUGUACAAGGGCAAACAUGAAACCAAGGUCGCUGCGUUGAAGAAAAGCUACGAGUCUCGCUGGGAAAAGCGUCUUCGUGAAGCAGAUGGCAAGUUGACCGCUGCCCGUAAGGAAAACGAAAAACUCAAGGCUGAGCGCGAUGCUUCCAACUCUGACUCCAUGGCUGCGGCCAAUGUCAGCAUGAUCGCUCGCGAAAAUGACGAACACGAGGCUGAAAAACACGUUUUCGAGGCGCAGAUUAAGGGCCUGCAGCACGAGAUGGCAGCAUUGAAGCAAGACAGUGAACAACUGCGCGCCGAUCUUAAAUCUGAACGUGCAGAGAAAGGAGAAUUGGUCGCCGCCGUCGAUGAGUGGUUGGCUAUUCAGCAAGGACAGCCUGCUCCUGUUGAACAAGAACGGCAAGCUUCAGUCUCCUCAGCUGGAAAUCCCGAAGAUGGCUUUCGUGCACCAAGUGAACCUCCAGCUGAGACCUUCCAUCGAAGUGUCAGUCGCUCUGGAUCUAGCGGUAUCCGCCCUCCUUCAACGGCCGAAAAGAAACAGUCACGCAUUGGGGCACCCGGUGGUCAUUCACGAGGAAACAGCGGAGGCAAAUCUGGAAUUGCUGUCUUCACUCCUGGUCGAGGUGGAAUCCUGAGCUCUAUUGAGCGGAUGGGGCGUGGAGGAGUCUAG